GCAGGCAACCGUGCCUGGGGACAGUGCCUGGGGAUGGGCGCUUCGCGGGGGGAACGUGGGGCCGUGGGGCUCCAGCUCCGUGCAAAUAAACGUGGCCUGGGACCAGCGCCGGCUGCACUGUGGGGCUGUGUCCGUCUGUCGGGGUCUGUGUGGGGCUGCUGGAAGUGUCCGUGUGUCCCUGUGUCCCUCCGUGUCCGUCCGUCCGGCUUUCUGUCUGUGUGGGGCUGCUCUAGGUGUCCGUGUGUCUGUCCAGGCUGUUCCGUGUCCACAUGUCCCUCCGUCCCCAUGUCCUUACGCAUCCCCGUGUGCCUGUGUACGUGUCCCCACGUGUCGCCGUGUCACCCCGUGUGUUCCCAGCUCCCCUCCACGUCCCCUCAGCCCCGUGUCAGCGUUCCCUUCCUGCACGUCACCGCGCCUCCACGUGUCCCACGCUCGGCGCUGUACGCAUGCGUGGGCGGGUCUGGGGCGGGGCUGAGCCGCACAUGCGCACUGCGGAAGGGCGGGAACUGGCUGAGCCGGCGCAUGCGCAGAGCAGAAGGGCGGGACACAGCGUGCGGCAGGCGCAUGCGCUGUCGAAACGCGGUGCGGAGGCGGUGCCACACAUGCGCAGUCUCGCGGAGGCCGGGCCACGCCUGCGCAGUGAUGCGCGCCACCCUGCGCGCCGUUCCCCUCAUGGCAGCCGCCCUCGCCGGGAGCGGGGCCGGACCCAAGAGGGCCCGAACGGACCCGGUUCUGCGCAUCGGGACCCACGAUGGCACCUUCCACUGCGACGAGGCGCUGGCGUGCUACCUGCUGCGCCUGCUGCCGCGCUACCGGCAGGACGCAGAAGUGGUGCGGACCCGGGACCCCCAGCUCCUGGCCCAGUGCGAUGUGGUGGUGGAUGUGGGGGGCGAAUAUGACCCCAAGAGGCACCGCUACGACCAUCACCAGAGGUCUUUCACCCAGUCCAUGCGGAGCCUCCAGCCCAGCAAGCCCUGGACCACCAAGCUGAGCAGCGCUGGGUUGGUUUAUUGCCACUUUGGCUCCCAGAUUCUUGCUGGGCUCCUGGGGCAGCCAGAGGACAGCCCCGUUGUGACCGCACUCUACGAUAAGCUCUAUGAGAAUUUCGUGGAGGAGAUUGAUGCCAUUGACAACGGCAUCGCGCAGACGGACGGGGAGCCCCGCUACGCCCUCACCACCAACCUCAGCGCCCGCGUGGGCCACCUGAACCCCCGCUGGAACGACCCCGACCAGGACACUGAGGCAGGGUUUAAGCGGGCAAUGGAGCUGGUGGGCAGCGAGUUCAUGGACAGGCUCGACUACUAUCACCGUGCCUGGCUGCCUGCGCGGGCGCUCGUGGAGGACGCCAUCCGGCGCCGCUUUGAGGUGGAUGCAAGCGGGGUGAUGCUGGAGCUCCCGCAGGGCGGCUGCCCCUGGAAGGAGCACCUCUUCAGCCUGGAGAAGGAGCUGGCGCUGCCCGACCCGCUCCAACUGGUGCUUUUCCCCGACCGCAGCGGGCAGUGGCGCGUGCAGAGCGUCCCAGUGGGGCCACGCAGCUUCGAGAGCCGCCUUCCUCUCCCCGAGCCGUGGCGGGGUGUUCGCGACGAGGCGCUGUCCCAGCUCACCGGCAUCCCCGGCUGUGUGUUCGUGCACGCCAGCGGCUUCAUUGGAGGGAACCGUACGCGGGAGGGGGCACUGGAGAUGGCCCGGAGGACACUGGCGCUGCAGCGUGGGGUGGGAGCACAAAGUGGAUGAGUCCCCCACCCCCACAGGGGCUGUCCCAGAUGAGAUGCCUGUACCCAGACUUCCCAUGGACUGCUGCUGGGAACAGCUGAGACCAUUCCCGCUUGGCACGCUCACAGUAGGACGCUGAAGCAGCUGUGCAGUGAGCUAGGGGUGCCACUGGUCCCAGUUACAGCGUUGGACUGGGGUGAGAGCAGAGAUCAGACCGAGAGGUUUUUAGGAUUUAGUGCUCUGAAGACCGGCCCAUUGCGUAUUGGCUGCCAACACCAGUAAAAACCAGUGCAUUCCCA